GCCAGUACGAUCCAAUAGAGGAGUGCGUUGUGUUUUGCAUUUGUGCACGUGUGCGUGCUGUGUGUGCGUUCUGUGCCUGAUCAAUGGCUAAAAUGGCAGGAAUACCCGGCGUUGUAAAACCUAAAACGCAAAGAGGAAAGCGUUUUCUGGAAAACCGUGCGUCAAAGCUAGUUGAAAACACGAAGAGUGCGAUAUUCAUCCGAGGGUCCAACGCCAACAACACAGUGUUGAAAGCCAUGAGGAAUAUAUGUUCUCUAAAAAGACCUCAUUCAGUAUUCUUUAACAAGAAAAAUGAAAUGAAGCCAUUCGAAGAUCAGACAGCGCUUGAAUUCAUGACACAGAAAAAUGAUGCAUCGCAUUUUGUGCUUGGAACACACUCGAAAAAGCGGCCCAACAACUUGGUUGUCGGCCGGACGUACGAUGGACACCUUCUGGAUAUGUUUGAACUCGGAAUGGAAGAGUUUAAAGCACUGGAGGACUUCAAGAUUCCAAAAGUGCCUGUAGGCACAAAGCCCAUGCUGAUUUUUGCUGGUGAACAGUUCGAACAAAACAAGGAUCUUGAACGAUUGAAGAACUUCUUCAUAGAUUUCUUCCGAGGUGAAACAGCAGAGGCUAUAAGUCUACAAGGACUUGAGCACGUUAUCAUGUUCACGGCAGCGGAGAACAAGAUAACAUUGAGAAGCUAUAAGGUGCUGUUGAAGAAGUCUGGAACCAAGACUCCUCGUGUGGAACUAGAGGAAAUUGGCCCUCAUGCAGACUUAACCCUCAGACGAACUAAGAUUGCAUCUGAUGACUUGUUCAAGACGGCGAGAAAACAGCCCAAGCAGAACAAGGUCAAGAAGAAGAAGAACAUCGAGAAGACUGCGCUGGGUGCCACAAUGGGACGUAUUCACAUGGAAAAGCAAGACUUUGGCAAAUUGCAGACUAGGAAGCUCAAAGGCCUCAAGAAGACACCUGAAGAAAAGAAGGCAGCUAGGGCUGCCAGGAAAGCCACAGCAAGAGCUGCUGCCAAUCAAGACACAGAGAUGGCUGUUGAUACAUGAAGUGUCUCCCAAGUUUUUUGGAUGUAAAUACACAACAAUAAGCAUU